CCGCAGCGUAUGUGCGGCCGUGCUCGGUAGUGGUCAGUAGUGCUUCUCUCGGUAGUUUAGUGACAAAACGGUACCAGUACUAAUAAAAAAAUGGGCGUAGUCGACGAAAAGGAAGCUGUUAGGCCCAAAGGCUUGGGCAUCCGGCACGUGCAGACGGUGCUACUGUUCCUGGGGAUGCUGUUUGCGUUCACGAUGAGAGUCAACAUGAGCAUGGCCAUCGUCGACAUGACGGACGAGAGGAAGGAAUUUUACUUCCCUUGGUCUCACAGCGUGCAGGCAGUGAUCCUGUCCUCAUUCUUCUGGGGCUACGUAGUGCUGCAGGUGCCGGCUGGUGAGCUCGCGAGAAGGUUCGGAGGCAAGGUGCUCUUCACCAUCGCUGUCUUCGUUAACUCCAUACUCUCGCUGAUGCUGCCUUUAGGAGCCGCCUGGGGAGGAUGGCGCUUGGUGUGCACGUGUAGAGUGCUGCAAGGGCUGACGCAGGCCUUCAUCUAUCCCAGCACGCACCACCUCGUCAGCCAGUGGAUGCCACUGCAGGAGAAAGGGAUCCUCACCACCAUCGUAUACGCUGGUGGGCAGCUGGGGAUAGCUCUGCAGUUACUAGCGUCAGGGUUCCUCGCCACGUCGUGGGGCUGGCAGGCGAUAUUCUACGCCAACGGAACCCUCGGUACUCUCUGGGUGAUCCUUUACUUGAUCUUUGGCGCCGACUCUCCAGAGUCAUCGAGGUUUAUCAAAGAGGAGGAAGUUUUGUAUAUCCAGACUUCGUUGGGACGUGUAGGGGAACAGAAGAGAUACCCUACGCCAUGGAAGAAGAUACUGACGUCGCUCCCCUUCUGGUCAGUGAUAGUGGCUCAUUGUGGACAAAACUGGGGCUUCUUCACCCUUAUGACUGAAAUGCCAACUUACAUGGCCAAAGUGCUUAAUGUUGAUCUCAAAAAUAAUGGCGUCCUCUCUUCCCUGCCAUACCUUUCCAUGUAUUUACUCAGUUUCGUCAUGGGUUUCAUGACAGAUGUCAUUAUCAAAAACAGCUGGUUAAGCGUUUCAAACACUAGGAAACUAUUUAAUUCUAUAGGUUUGUGGGGUCCGGCGAUAGCACUGAUCGGGUUGUCGUACGCACCUGAAGGUAACAUGGUAUUUGCAGUAGCCAUGCUUACCCUCGCUGUAGGCAUCAACGCUGGGCAGUACACGGGAUACAUGUUGGUGCACAUCGACCUGGCUCCCAACUUCAGCGCGUGUCUGAUGGGCAUCACCAACUUCCUGGCCAACAUCAUCUCCAUCAUCGCGCCUCUGGUCUGCGGCUUCAUCGUCCACGAUGAGACGGAGCCGGCAGAGUGGCGCAAAGUAUUCUUCGUUGCCUCAGGAGUGUACUUCUUCACAAACUUGUUCUUUAUACUGUUUGGUACAUCUGUGAGGCAGCCCUGGAAUGAGCCUAAAGAGACUGAUAUCGAAAUGAAAGCUCCCGAAAUGAAAGAACCUGAAAAAUCGAGAUUAGAAGCGAAAUGGAGUAGCCGUUGAAUGAUAUUUAUUUCUCUGUAUUUUUGUACCUGAAUUAAGUUUGAUAAUAAUCUAUUUUAUUUAAUAAAUGUUUAGGUUUACUCUUUGAAGAUGUUAAAUGUCCUUAUAAAGAGAUUAAGUCUUUGGAAUAAAAACCUGGAGAUUGAGACACGUUGCACUAACCUUUCCGUCUCAAAUGGAUUUCAUCUUUCAUUCAUCGUUAGAUGUCAAAGCAUUUCCUGGGGGAAGUAAAUUGUGUUUGUCCUUUCUGAACGAGAUUAUGUGAAGGCAUUCAUACAUAGUUGAUGGUGUGCCGACAUCACUCGAUAUUGUUUUAGGAAAGCAUAACAAUGCCGUCACGUGACGCGGGGUGCCCUGGCCAUCUUUAUUCGAAUAAUUGAAAAACCUCUCAAGUCCUCACUGUACCUUCGUAUUCUUAAGGUUCAAUCCUGCCCAACAUGUUGUGUUGGAGCUACAAGCGUACACUCGAUAGAAAUAAUUAUGCAACGUUUAUCAACCCAGUUUAUUUUAUUGUUUUUGCAUAAAGUUUGUAAAACCUGAUUAAAUUAAUUCUAAAGCUUCGUUCAACAACUCAAGAAGAAAAAUCUGAAAAGCAAUUUGAAGAGCCCGACUUAAUCUUGGGAUUGAUCGAUUAACUCUUACAAGGUCAAUGUUGAGGACCGAUAGUACUUGUCCUUCACUAAUUGUAUUAUAUCUGCAGUUUUACUAAUAUUCGUGAUGCUGUCUUCUCUAUGCAGCAUUUGUGAUUGGGACAGGAAAUAUUAAAUAAAAAGUAUCACACGUGUUACCUUCAUGACUCAUCUCUCAGGUUUCCGCAGGGGAUCCCAGGACUCGACCAGACAAUCGCUUCAAAAUUCACAUGGCCAUUACCACUGGUCUAAAGGCUACGUGGUGUGACUUCAAGCGACACUGUCCUAAUACGUUACGUGUAAUGAAUUCGAGAUCAGAGUGAGUCAUAGCCUCUCAGUAACCUUUCGCAGUGUCGCUCGUGAGUAUUGAACCUGUGGUACGUGCGUCGCCGUUCCGGUGUACUUAUGAGAUCUUUAGCUGCAGGUAUAAGAUGUCGAAGGAUUAUUUAUUGUUCCUUCAGAUAAGGAUGUCUUUUGUAUGAUUUGCCGCGUGUUACAGCGCUUAAAGUACUAAUAGUAGUAAGAAG